UCUUACCCAAGCUCCGCAUGUUCACUUCCUGGAUAAUUUGGUCCAAUUCCGAUCUUUUCCUUGUGUGUGCAUAUUCAGGUACGACGUUGACCCGCGUGGAGGUGGAGCGUUACGACCCGUACCACAACACCUGGACCGCUACGUGUCCCGCCGUCAAGUACGUGACCAAUUUCACGUGUACGGCGUGCCAGGGAAAGCUCUACGUUAUCGGCUCCUGUGCCGUCAAGUACAACCCUUUGACCAUGCAGUGCUACAACCCCGUCAUAGAUAGCUGGAUGAGUAUCUGCUCCCCAUUCAUCCCCAAGUACCUUUCAUCUCCUCGCUCGGUGUGCAUGGAGGGAAACAUCUACCUGCUGGCCGACAACACCAAGAAAGUCUACUCCUACGACCCCGAUGCCAACAUGUGGCAGAAGGUGCCAGCUCACGAACAGACU